AUGCAAGAGCGAUUUCUUGAAUCAAAAUCUGAUCUUUUCUUUGCAGGCGAACUGAGUGCGCUCAGCGCCAUCUCUGGCUCCUUUGCCGAGCAGGUUAAAGUGAUACAUAUUGUGGGUCAGACAGCGCGCCAGCAGCAAGAAAAACGCCUGGUGAUACAUCAUUGCAAUGAUAUCAACCCAGACCAUAAGGUAUACGAGAGGAUGUCAGAACCAGUCCGAGUUGCCGCUGCAGAAUUAUGGCACAGCGGCAACGCUCCCGCAGAAAUCGAUCGUGUAAUCCGCGAAUGCUUCGUUCGAAGCCGUCCAGUCUACAUCUUCUUCCCUUCCGAUGUGGUGGACCUGCAGGUACCAUCAAGCUUGUUACAGAAGAAAAUUGAUCUUUCUCUUCCAAUAUACAGCGCUGCGCAAGACAACGCAGUCUCUGCCAUCGUCAAAAGGUUUUCAGAAGCGCAGAAUCCGAGUAUCUUUGUGGACGCCCUAGUGUUACGCCACGGCGUGGUAGAAGAAGUUCGGGAACUAGUAGACGCGCUGAAAAUCCCAGUGUACUAUGCUAUGAUGGGUAAGCACAUAGUAGAAGAUGCUCACAAAUGUAUGGUGGGCCUGUACAACGUGGUCAUCAGCUCGCCUGGUGUUGCAGAAGCGUUUCAGACAAGUGAUCUUGUACUUGUCCUCGGCAACGUACCUUCAGACACCAACACUGGAGGUUUUACUCGGAGGAUCAGCCAGGCUCAAAUUGAUGUCCGGCCAUUCGAAGUCAUGGUUGACGGCAAGUUACACCAAGGCACCUACAUGAAACCACUCUUAGCCGAGCUCGUCCGAACUCUACCCAAAGUACGAAAGCCUUCCGUGAUUCCAAAACUCUCAGCAGCAUCUGAAACGAAGAGUUCAAGACAAGACAUCAUUACUCAAGACUGGGUAUGGGGACGACUGGCCCAAUUUUUUGAGCCAGGAGACGUCGUUUUUGGCGACACUGGGACAUGUACAUUCGGCCUUCACGGCGAGAGCUUCACACCUGGUUCUCACUUUGUCACUCAGACAUUUUAUGGCAGUAUCGGAUGGGCCACGCCUGCGGCAUUGGGAUCAGAGCUUGCUAUCGUCGAUGGCGCGAAGCUUGGCCAGAUUGACCACAAACGGACUAUUCUAAUCACUGGGGAUGGCAGCUUUGCGUCAACCAUGCAGGAAGUCGGCACCAUGGUCAAAAACAAUUUGGCACCGAUAAUAUUCAUCAUUAAUAACGACGGUUACACGGUUGAACGGGUGAUCCAUGGGGGCACGCCAACCAUACAACGAUAUCAACAAACUAGAUUUCGCUCAAAUCCUUCACGUUUUCUCGCACCCGGAUCCCCAUGCCAGCUAUCACAGAUGCACCACUCCGACUGA